AUGACAUUUUGGAAACGGUUAACAAAAUCUAACGAUAACCCCCCACCAUAUGAAGAAAAAUUGGGAAAGGCAGGUGCUACUGAAAAAGAUAGUGAGCUGCCAACAUCCGCUUCUGCAGAAAAGGAUAAUAAACUGCAAAAGAAAGUUGCUCAGAAAAAGGUGAAAGAUGGCAAAGACUUGGAACGAAAAUGUGCAUUAUAUUUUGCUGAUCUUGAUAACUUAUCGACUGAUGUAUCAACCCUCAAUUCGUGGCAGAGAGUCUUGAAUCGAGUUUAUUCUGAAGCAGAAGGACUUGAAAGAUUACUGUAUAACUAUGGUGUUGAACCAGCGAUAGUGUACAGAGGUAAGGAUUAUGGUAACAUACUGUUCUCUUUUUUUAACCAAUUCAGUUAUAGAUUGGUAGCAAGAUUAGCUCCUAAACUUGGUGUAGUUAUAGGAACAAUUUACAGAAAUUCUUCUUGUUUUAAUUUAUUUGUAAUUCAAAAUUUCAUUGCAAAUAAUUCUGCUCUUUUAGAGCCUGACCUUAAAGCUCGUGUACAGGGAAAGGGAUUAUAG